CGAGCGUUUCUAGACUCGAAAAAGCCGAGCGUGAAACAUCCAGGGGGGAAACAAAACCGCCACCAAGAACGAGAGGCAUUAGAGCAGCUGAGCGAUUCGACUUCCCGGCACUCUUUUCUUUCAGUUUUGGAUUUAUCUGGCUGAUUUUUUAAAAUCCACCCGCAUUUAACUUCUCCAAAUUAUUUUCUUUUCCUCCUUAAGAAUCCCAGGCUGUCCGUUUUGAGUAGGCAGUAGCGGGCCGUGCCGUCUCUCUGCUUUUAAUCUCCCAUAUGAAGAUUAAUAUGAAGCUGGGGACAGUUGUGGUUUGUUAAGAUGCAGAGACGCAUCGGAGGUUGAUUAAAACUUGUAUGUAAACCGCUCUUCGUGCGACAAAAAGUUGGAGGAAGCAUAAGGAUUUAUUUUUUUUUUAAUGCUUAACACCGAGCACUUUUUCUUUUUCUUUUUUUUAAUUUUAUGAUUUGAGAGGUCCUGGAUAAUUCUUUACGGUGGGUUUUUUUCCCCCCCAGAAAACAGCAAUAUUUAUUAUUUUUUGGAGUGGGUGUUUCGAAUUGAAGCAGGUCUUUUUUUUUUUUUAAAUGGAAGUUGGACUUAAUAGCGCCGUGUUUCGUCUGAGGUAGCUGUUUGGCUCCCCAAAGUUGAUUUUGAGGCUCGUUUUUGGCCCUUGGGUUCACUGCGUGCCUGGGAGAGAAGGAUGAAGAUUUUUCAGCACCGUCCGUUCGGUCGGGCAACCUGGAAGUGGCAUAUUCAGGAUCCGGCAAGCCAGCGGUUGACAUGGAACAAACCCCCGAAAAGUGUCCUUGUGAUCAAAAAGAUCCGAGACGCCAGUCUUCUGCAGCCCUUCAAAGACCUCUGCAUUUAUUUGACCGAGGUGAACAACAUGCUGGUUUACGUGGAGAAGAAAAUCCUAGAAGAUCCAGCCAUCAUGAACGAUGAGAGUUUUGCGUCGGUGAAGAAGCGGUUUUGCACUUUCAGUGAAGAUUAUGACGAUAUCUCCGAUCAGAUAGACUUUAUCAUCUGCCUGGGCGGAGACGGGACGUUACUGUACGCUUCAUCGCUUUUUCCGAGGAGUGUACCCCCAGUCAUGGCUUUCCAUUUGGGGUCCCUGGGCUUCCUUACCCCCUUCAAUUUUGAGAACUUCCAGUCUCAAGUCACCCAGGUCAUAGAAGGCAACGCGGCCCUCGUUCUCCGAAGCAGGCUGAAGGUGAAGGUGAUUAAGGAGCACUGGGAAAAGAAGACCAUGAUUCAGAAUGGGAUCGAGGAAAACGGUGUGGUGUCUUCAGGUCUGGAAAAAGAAAUGUUUAAACAAGCAAUUCAAUAUCUGGUCUUGAAUGAAGUGGUGGUGGACCGAGGCCCUUCCUCAUAUCUUUCCAACGUGGAUGUCUUCCUUGAUGGUCACCUUAUCACCACUGUGCAAGGCGAUGGUGUCAUUGUUUCGACGCCGACUGGCAGCACGGCGUAUGCGGCCGCUGCGGGCGCGUCCAUGAUCCAUCCGAAUGUCCCUGCCAUCAUGAUUACUCCCAUCUGCCCUCAUUCCCUCUCCUUCCGGCCCAUCGUCGUCCCAGCUGGAGUGGACCUGAAGAUCAUGCUGUCUCCAGAUGCCAGGAAUACUGCGUGGGUUUCGUUUGACGGGCGGAAGAGGCAGGAAAUCUGCCACGGGGACAGCAUCAGCAUCACAACUUCCUGCUACCCUCUCCCUUCGAUCUGCUUCCAAGAUCCCGUCAGCGACUGGUUUGAAAGCCUGGCGGAGUGUUUACACUGGAACGUUCGAAAGAAGCAAAACCACUUCGCGGUCGACGAGGAGGAAGAAUUUUGAGUGUCGGUGACAAAUUUCUCUAUCUGUCUUGUGUGAUCCGUCUGUCCUUGAAGGGACCAAGGCAAGCUGGACUGGCUCCUGUUUUUUAAACCCGCUUUUUCGCAUCUUCCAAAGUAGUUUUUCUUCAAUCUCUUUCGGAUGUAAAAAAAAAACAAAAAAACAGCAGGUGAAGCUUGUAAGGGACGGGUGAUGUUUCGCCUUCCCUUUGAAGGGUGUUUUGUGUGAAGACUCUCCUUUUGCUCCUUGCAUCUGAAAUAAUUCCGACUACCCUGUUCCAAAUCCAUACUUUUUGAGUAAGGCGGGGUUGAAACCCCACCGCAGUCGGAAAGAAAGGAAAGUCAGGAAAAAAAAAAAAUUGCAGACAUUGUGCAGACAUUCUUCCAACAAAACUCGACUUUUUCGGUGGUCAGGAUUCCUGCAAAUUUUGCUCCUUCGAGACUUUUCCCUACAGACUUGACAUAGCCAAGCAUUGACAUGGUAAAAAAACAAACAAACGGAUGGAGAGAGAGAGUAGAAAUCCUGAUUUAACCGCUCUCCGAGGACAGUUCUGUAAAAUUCUGCCAGGCACGGAAAUAGCUAAAAAACUCCUAUCCUGUUGCACCUUCCUGAUUCACCUGUCGUCAGAGAAUCCAGUGUUGCUGAGCUGUUUCCUUCUGAACCACCCAGGGCUGAAGAAGCUGUUUGAGACAAGGCUGCCUUCAGUGGUUUUCUGAGCCCCUAAGGACUCAAAGCUGGUACUGAUGGGAUGGAGGAUCCUGAUCUCUCCGAGGUCAAACCGCUGCAAGAAUAUCCAGAGGAAGUUCGAAAGAAAAAAAAAAGAAAAUCCUUUGCAUUUUUCAUUUGUCUUCAACAUAUCGUGUUGUCUUUUUUCUUCUUCUUCCUUUUAUUGUAUUAUCUUAUCUUGUUGUUGUCUAAGUUUCUAUCUCAUGAAUAUGAGGAGAAAAGAUAAAAGAGAUGACUUUUACAGAGAUUAAUAAAGGGGAUCUUCCAGAGGAACGGGAAGCAUCCGGACUAAAAUACUUUUUUUUAAAUUCCUCCACCCGUUAACCCAAACUCUGCUUUGUUUUCGUUCAGGGUGUCCCAGGAUAGGACAAAGAGAUCCUUUCCCUUCAAUUCCUUCAAUUCCAAAGAACUGAUCAUCAGAACUCUUUGAUUUAGAAAAGAUGACAUUUUUUUUUUUAAAAAAUCCCUGGAAGUUCAAAGCUAAGAGGUUACGAAGGCAGUACGAUAGCCUGAUUUUUUUUUUUCCUUGCAGGAAACGAGUUUGCUACUCUCUCACAUUUGAUUAUUUUUGAAAACAGGGAUCUCUUAAAUGGAUGUUUUUUUUUUUUAAAUGGGGUAGCUGCUUACUCCCUUGAUCACUCUGUCUGGAGGAAAUAAGAGUGUAGGUCCGUGAUGGUGAACCUAUGGCACAUGUGCCAGAGGUGGCAAGCAGAGCCCUCUCUGUGGGCACAUGCACUGUCACCAGCUUCUGGUUUCUGGCGCGCUAGCUGGUCUUUGUGGGUGCCGGAAAAAAGCCUGAAAGUGCCCAAAAACUAGGCCGUUUUCCAGGCCAUUUUCUGGCCGUUUUCUGGGCCAUUUUCUGGCUGUUUUUUGGGCCUGAAAACAGCCCAAAAACGGUCUGAAAAUGGCCAAAAAACAGGCAAGCAUGUGUGCGCCAGCCAGCUGGUUUCCGGGUUUCCGGUACGCCAGCUGGUCUUUGCGGGUAUCGGGGCACCGGAAAAAAAGACUGAAAAUGGCCAAAAACUAGGCCAUUUUGCAGCUGUUUUCCGGACCGUUUUCAGACCGUUUUUUGGGGCCUGAAAACGGGCCAAAAAACGGUCGGAAAACGGCCAAAAAACAGGCAUACAUGGUCUUUGGGUUUCCGGUGCUCCGGCGCGCGCACAUGCACGCGUGUUCCAGUUUGGGCACUUGAUUCUGAAAAGGUUCGCCAUCACUGACGUAGGUUGUUUAGAAUUCUUUUUGUCGCGGUAUCGACUUCGUUCGGGCAGUCUAAAUUUGACGGAAAAGAGCUUUUCUAUUUCCCCCCCCCUAGAAAUUUACUGAGGUUUGAUCAAUGACCGUCGCCCUUGAGUGAAAAUGUUUCUGAUUUCCCCCGCCCCUUUUUUUUUUUAAACAAUGUGCUCAGUCUUGUGUUAAAAUCCCUCUCACCUCUGCAUCAGUCCUGUCCUUUCUCUCCCCGUGGAUGGAAAACCUCUCCGGUUCAUUUGACGCCGAGCGAAAAGUUAGGCUUUGUCGUCGUUUUACAUUCUACAAUCACAAGCUUAUUUCGGUUUGCUUGCUGGGAUUUUUUAUUUUUUUUAAAAAAAAAUGUGUCGCUUGUUGAGUUAAAACACUGGUGAGCUGUCGCCCAUCCCACACACCGCACUGCCCAUUCAGAAAGCUGCCUCCGCUGUGGUUGUUUGAAUUUUCAACCACUCUUUGUAUUCUCCUUUUUUUGCCCCCCAGCAGGGGUGGGUUCUAACCGGCUUUACUACCAGUUCUCUUUGCGCGCGAGCUUCGCGCGCGAUCGCCUCUUCGGCCGCACCUCUCAGCUGGGCGAAAAAAGAAGAAAUAUAAGGUCGGAAUAACGCGGGGGCGGGCGGGAAGGCCCAGCUCCCGAAGAAAGAGAACCGGUUCGGUGAUGUAAUAGCGUCACUGCUACCGGCUCGGCCGAACCGGGAGCAACCCACCACUGCCCCCCCCACUUCAAAUCACAGGUAUUUUAGCUGGCCAGGUGAAUCGCAAGUCUUGAUAUCCGGACUGCAGAAGGGGGUGGCAUUUUAACUUCGGAACCAUCAAAUCAAGAGACGUUGCUUAGCUUUUUAAAAAUACUACGCAGUUUGCCGCAAUUAGAACGAAAAGCAUAAGAGUCAAAAGAAUUGAAACAGUUGGCAAUUUCUUCCCAGGCUAGACAAAAAGAGCAGAAGUGAGUAUUUUGAUUUUCUCAUCUUCCUCCUGCUCUCUUACCAGUUAUUUAAACCACGAUUGUACGGAAUAGAAAGUCGCUCGUUGGGUUUUCUUCCUAAUAGGCAAUAAUUAAAAGGGAAGGGGAGGGGGGGAGAAAGCCCCAGACCGCUGAUGUUGGUACAGAUUUCUUGACUCGGAUAAAAGGGUUUAUUGAAGGCUGAAAAGAAACAAAACAAAGAAAUGAGAGAUAAAAUGAGCCUUAUUUAGGAAAGAAAAAUUUACUUUUUUCAUAAAGCUGGCCAUUUUUUUUUAAAAAAAAUAAUCAUAUUUAAAAGAAACAUUCUUUUUGUAGCUAGUCCUAUAUUUCUUCCAGCGUUCAGGGAAAAAAAAAAUAAACCCAGUUGUUUUUUUGUGCUUUUGUUUUUAAACUGAAGGUUGUGUGUAAUCAACUCCCACGAAUUCUGUCUCAAAAAUCAUUUUUCGAAGCUGCUUCAUUGUUCUUUCGCUGAGCCAAUCCUGAGCAAACUUUCCCACUUCUUUAUUUAUACAUAUUUUGGCCUUGGAGGAAGUUAAGGCAAGGAAGCCCCCCCCCCCCCCAGCGCUUGACCAUAUCAUGGCCUGAAAUCUGAAUUUCGGAUUGCAGCUGGGUCCUAGCGUCCUCCACUCACCCUUCAUUGAAAAUUCAAAAUUCUCUGAAUCAUCCUAUUUAGAGCCCAAAGUUGUGCGUUUUACGGAAUCGUGUUUGAGCCAGUUCUCUUCAGUAUUCAGAAUUGCUAGGAUCUCCAACCUUUUGGUCUUUCCCCCCCCCCAAUCUCUUCCUUGCCACCAAUUUUCAAGCCGAACACCACAAACCAGGAUUGUUAAAAAGUCAGGUUUAUAUCCUGAAUUGGGGGGGGCACUUCACUCGGCCCGCUUCUUAUUUGUGUCAGUUCACUGCAGGCUCUUUUUAAGCUACCUCUGCGGAGGAUUUUGCGGAAAGCUUUUCGACGGCUUUCCUUCCUCUUGUUCCUCAACUUCCCCUUUCUUGGCAAGAGUACAGCAACUCCGCCCUUAAAAAAGAAAGAGAGAAAACUAUCGUUUUAUAAAAACCGGCGGUUAGGAAAGGUGUCACUCUGCCGUAGGAUGGGGCAGCCGCCAAGUGUGCAAGAAAGCAUGACGUGCCAAGCAAGCAUUCGGAAAGAACAUCGGGGCGUUAACCUCAAAGAGGCAAUCCAGAUGUUGCUCACCGGCGACAUCCGAGCACGCAUCGGGACUUCUGGGUUUGAUGGGUGGCCGAACCGGAAGGUCCCAGCUCAUUUAUUUUUUUUUUUAAAUUUUUGGGAAGAGUUCUCGAAUUCUUGAAGUUCUUGAAUGUGGAGAACAGCUGUCUUAAUGUUUUGAAGAACAUCUUCUUCAUUGGCCUGUUUGCUUCUCCAGAUAUUUUUCUGGUCGUGUUCUGAUGAGGUGCAUCUUCCAAAGACAUGUUGAGGUGGCUUUAUUUACACAUCACACAGGUGAUGUGUAAAUAAAAGCAAUAGGGCCGGUCCAAUUUGCAGGUUGAUCAAUCGACUUUUUAACCACAUGGCCAACAUUCUUCUGAACCCCCGUUACAAGGGCAUCCCUUUGCGGUGGGAUUCUGAACUUUUCUUGCAAAAGAGAGAAAAACGCCUGACGUUUCUGAUUGUCGUUGAACGCUUUGAAAACUUGUACGAUAUUGCUGAGAGCUGAGAACGGUUUUCCAGAAUUUUUUCCAAUAAAUCUUUGGUGGUUGUUGGUUUUUU